CAAUUGAGAAAGGCCAUAAAUAGGGUAUGAGGACACACGAAUCACAGAUGCGGCUGCAACGUCUUACUGUUUGGCAUUUCACACGCUCUGAGAGUUUGAAUCCUUUACUGGAAGCUGCAGAUCUUGGCUUUGGGAUCGGGAUCAUGUCUCUGGAAGUGAAGGAAAAGACAGAAGUGCGCUUGGUGUUCAUGGGAGCCGCAGGUGUGGGGAAAACAGCACUGAUUAAACGCUUCCUACAAGACAGCUUCGACCCCAAACAUCGGCGCACGGUGGAGGAGCUCCACAGCAAGGAGUAUGAGGUGGCUGGAGUCAAAGUGACCAUUAACAUCAUGGACACGAGCGGCAGCUACUCCUUCCCAGCCAUGCGGAAGCUCUCCAUCCAGAAUGGAGAUGCAUUUGCCCUGGUCUACUCCGUGGACGACCCUGAAUCCCUAGAAGCCGUCAAGAGACUGCGUGAGGAAAUCCUGGAGGUCAAGGAGGACAAGUUCACACCCAUCGUGGUGGUGGGCAACAAAACAGACCGCCUGCAAGAACGAAGGGUAUCGGCGGAUGAUGUCCUGGUGAAGGUGGAACUGGACUGGAACAACUGUUUUCUGGAGGCCUCGGCGAAAGAAAACGAAAACGUGAUGGAGGUGUUCAAGGAGCUGCUCCAGCAAGCAAACCUCCCCAGCCAUCUCAGCCCGGCUUUACGCCGUCGCAGAGAGACCUUUCCCAAGGACAUGAGUCUACGACCACCCAUGAACAAGACCAACAGCUGUUCUGUCUCCUAAAGCUGGUGAGAAAAAGAUUAGCGAGAGCGGAAAGAGUUGAGUUGCUUCUCAACGCCAAUGUUGAAGCAAAGUGAAGAUGUGGAAGGCUCUUUGAAGGCAAGCAAAGAUGCUUUUGUUACAUGGAGAAACUUAAUCCUAACCCCUAAUCCUACUCCAAAAUCAGCAUCCUCUGCAGUGAUGAAGGAAAAGGGACAAUGAUUACAGACAAAGGGGAGAAUGAUCAAAGGACAAUGAACUGUUGCUUUUGUGCAAAGAAUCUCGUGAAUGUGUUGACAGUGGUUUUGAGUUCCCGAAGUUCAGUUGUGUGAUCUGUGUUAAGAGCUUCUGCAAUAUUCAAUCAUUUAUGUGUCAAAAUGUUCUGACUUUGCAAUGUUGUAAUGCCGUAGCAUGAAUGUUUUUUUUUGUUUGUUUGUUUGUUUUUACCAUAAUAUGACUGUAAUAAGACAUUCUUUUAGUUUACAAAUCAUUGCACCAAGUAUUGUAGU